AUGUGGCGCGCGGAGGGGAAAUGGCUGCCGAAAACAAGCCUGAAGAGCGUUUCCCAAAGUGGAGUCCGCGGAACUCGCACCUACUAUGUUCGCAACACCGUGCCACCUGUAGAAGAUGAUCACGGGAACAGCAGUGGUAGUCAUGUAAACAUCUUUUUACCGAAAAAGCUGCUUGAAUGUCUGCCGAAAUGUUCAAGUUUACCCAAAGAGAGGCACCGUUGGAACACUAAUGAGAGAUCGUGAUGCAGCCGUCCUUUGGGAUUUCUUUUUAAUAAUGUGUGACCCUUCACCUUUGAUCCCCUGACCUGCAUUACCUUGGUAACCAUUUCAUUUUUUAAUUUCAUUUCAUUGUUUGAUUUUGGUGUACAAGCUGUAACAUUUCAUCUCUCAAAGUGUCACACGCUGAUUUCCUCAAAUAGAGAUACCCCUUUGAGC